AUAGUUCAAAACCCUUACAAGCAUAAACCAUUUCAUUCCUCUCAUAAUACCACCCUCCAAUGGCAAUCUCCACUUCUCAUUUUAUGUAUUUUGCUAUUGUCGUUUGUUCAUUGGCUACAAUCUUGGGUAACAAUAACUCUGUCUCAGCUCAAUGCCAAGGUGAUGUGCAAGGGCUCAUGGAGCAAUGUGCUAGAUAUGUACAAAAAUCUGGCCCAAAGAUUCAACCAUCUGGUGGUUGUUGUGGUGUUGUGAAGAACGUAGAUUUGUCAUGCGUUUGCAACCACAUCACAGUUGAAGUUGAGAGUGUUAUCAGCAUGGAGAAGGCUGCAUUCAUUGCUGAAGCUUGUGGAAAACCACUCGCCCAUGGAUCCCAGUGUGGAAGUUAUAUUGUGCCAUGAAGCUUGAAGUAGAAAAGGUGGUGGCAUACAUCAUGCAUGGUGAAAGAGUUUGAAUGUUGGAGACGUAACAGUGUUUAAGCUGGUUGCUUUUUGUACCAAAUAAAUAAAGUUAUUAUCUAUGGAUAUGUUUGAGAAAA